AUGUCACGGAGAUACGAUUCCAGGACGACCAUCUUCUCUCCAGAGGGUCGCCUAUACCAAGUCGAAUACGCCCUCGAAGCCAUCUCGCACGCCGGAACAGCACUGGGUAUCUUGGCACAGGAUGGCAUCGUUCUCGCCGCAGAGAGGAAGGUUACCAGCAAGUUGCUCGAGCAAGACACAUCGGCCGAGAAACUGUACAUCUUGAACGAUAACAUGAUCUGCGCCGUAGCAGGAAUGACCGCUGAUGCCAACAUUCUCAUCAACUACGCCCGUCAAGCCGCCCAAAAGUACCUCCUCACCUACAACGAAGACAUUCCCUGCGAGCAGCUCGUCCGCCGUUUAUGCGAUCUCAAGCAAGGUUACACGCAGCACGGAGGUCUCCGACCGUUCGGUGUAUCCUUCAUCUACGCAGGAUGGGACCCACAGCGACAGUUCCAGCUGUACCAGAGUAACCCCAGUGGCAACUACGGUGGCUGGAAGGCAACCAGUGUCGGCGCGAACAACGCUUCUGCACAGAGUCUGCUGAAGCAGGACUACAAGGAGGAAUGCGAUUUGAAAGAGGCUUGCGGACUUGCAGUCAAGGUGCUCAGCAAGACCAUGGACUCAACUAAGCUGAGCAGCGAGAAGAUCGAGUUUGCGACUGUAGGAAAGACCAAGUCAGGCAAGAUCUACCAUCACCUGUGGAGUGCGGACGAGAUUGAUGCUCUGCUGAAGGAGCACGGCCUUGCCAAGGCUGAGGAUACAGAGAUGUCCGAGACAUGA